GUCGCCUACAUUAUGACGUUACGUUCUUUCUCUAAGAAACGUUUCCCAGUGAAAACAACGAAAAACAAUUCCAUAGAAUUCCAAGUACGUUUUGAUUCGAAAUGCAGGGAAAAGUUACCAAAAAGACAAGGCAAUGUAAGCAGUGUAAAGGGCCUUGUAAAGGACACCCUUGUGAAAAUGACGAACCUCCCGAUGAAACAGAAAAACAGUCUGAAAAUGAACAUGCUUCAGCAGAUCAGAGUAUGGGAGUUUUAGGAAAUGGUUUACUAACAAAAAAAGACGAUUUCCCAGAGGAAAUCUUUAAACUAGCAACCAAAGAGCAGAUGUAUCAACUUGGGAUGGAUCCAAUUUGUAUUGUGGCAGCCAUGGGACAUCUUGACGGAAUGCGAAAAUUUGUUGAGGCUGGUACAAACUCAAAUGACAAAAGAUCAACGGAUGGUAGUACCCCACUGAUGUUGGCCACACAAAAUAAGCAUUUAGAAGUGGUAGAACUAUUACUAAAACACAGUGCUGAUGUGACGGCGGUUAAUAAGGAGAAUAGCAAUGCUUUUAUGGUGGCAAUAAGGACAGGCGAUGCCAAACUAGUAAACACCAUAUGGCCAUACAGGGGAAACUUAGACAUCAACCAUCAGAACAACCUUGGUAACACUGCUCUCCAUAUUGCCACAGACAAGUGCUGGGAUGCCUGUGUACAGUUUCUUUUAUCUAGUGGUGCAAAUAUCGACGAGCAAAAUAACGAUGGAUACACGCCGUUGAUGGUGGCAUCGUUGAAAGGUGAUAUGAAAAUUUUAAAUCGACUUUUGUCGUCUGGAGCAGAUCUACUAAAGGAAGACAUUCAAGGAUGUACUGCACUGUGUCUUUCAGCCGAAUCAGACCAUGACACGGUUCUAGAUACGCUCUUAGAUAAAAUUUCCGACCUGAAUCUUAAAGAGAAUUUUGUAAAGAACCGAUUGGAUCGGAUUAAAAGUCCGAUGGGUGAAGAGGAUCUAGAGGAAUUGCUACUUGCUGUACUUUACGUGUUUCAAAAGCUUACUGCACUUGACGAGUAUAGAGACGUACUUUAUAAACUGAAAACUUUACCAAGUGUGAUGUCAGUUGUUCAAAAACAUUUAAAAAUGAAGGACGUAACCUUACUAAUGGUUCAUAUUGCCUGCAAAUGCAUGUUUCACAGAGAUCCAGAUUUUAUCGAUGACAGAUUUGUUCAGCAAUACAUAAAGUCACGUGGUUUUGAGCUUUGUUUGAAAGCAUUAAAACUGCAUUCUGAUACUAACAGGAAAAACUAUGAGCUUUUGAUUUCUUGCUUUUUCCCAAUAAUCUGUGCGAGUCAGAUAUCGGAUGGUAAAACAUGGAUUGAAAAGAACCACUCAAAAAUUGCAUGUUACAGUCACUUACGGGAUCAGUUCACCAAAAAGAUGUGUGUCGAAUUUGAGGGCGCAAGAGAAAUUUGGAACAAAUUUUGGGAAUCCUUCAAUGAUAUACAAAAACAGCAUCGAGACAAAAAGAUGGCAGAACUUCUUGAAGAGGAAGAAAGAGAGAGAAAUAAGAAAAUAAAGAAGCGUGAAAGAAAGAAGCAGCGACGAAAUAAAUUACAAGAAGUGAAAACGAAAGGCGAUGGUGAUAGUGAAAAAAUAAAUUGCGAUGAGAAAGGAGAAGAAAAUAUAGAACAAGUAAAAGAAAAAACGAGAGUUAUCCUCCGUUCUAAGUUAAUGGAUAUUGAAAUGAAUCGAUAUGUGGAAAAAAUUAAAGACUUUUAUCAUACAGACAAAAAUGAGAAUCUGAAAUACGAAAAUGUAACCGAAAAUGCUAGAACAUCCAAAUCGCGUCGUUAUGCUAAGUCAAAAAACUUCUUGGAUGAAGUGUCUGCUCAAAGUGUUUACGGAACAAGUGAAACUCAAUUAGAAACUCGAAAUGACAAAUGGGUCACUGUUCAAAAUAAAAAAGCUAAUUUACGACCUGAAACAUUUGAAACUGACAGUCAAGUCGGACAUCCAGGCCGCAAGAACUUUCAAUCAGUUACAAUCGACCAACAAAAAAGCGGCAAGCGUUGGGCUGAUGUAGCUAGUAACCAAAUAAUUCCUAAACAUAGUAUCGAAGAACCAGUUAACAGUUUGGCAAACGACUGCGAAAUAAGCGCGACUGCGCAUUGCAGUUUUAAAGAAAAACACAAAUAUAAACGAGGCGAUUAUGAAGACGAUUUUCCAAGUCUAGAUCCAAAUACGUCGCCCAAAAGGAAUUCCCCGAUUGAACAAAGGCGAAAAUCAAACGAUUCCAUUAGUCCUAUGCUUGAUGAAUGGUAUCUUGAGGAAUGCCCAGAUGAAUGGACAGCAAGAAGUACUAGUUCGACACCAACUGAAUUGGAAAGGUACAGUUAUCAGUCAGGAGGCAAUAUCGAUGACAAUAAGACCCUGGAUUUACAUGUAGGAAAUACACCAGGUAUUUCUUAUCAACAUUCAUCAGAUCGUACUCAGUCGACAGAGUCAUUUCAAAACACAGGGGAGAUACAUAGAGAUGCCAACGCUCUAUCGAAUACUUGCAUAGACUUUGGUUUCGCUACUACAGACGACAAAGAAAAAGCAAUAGAAUGUGCGCUAGACACUGCAAAAUAUACAUUUUCCAAAGCACAGAUGACCUAUUGGCAAGACAAAGAGUUUGUGCCCCUUCUUUAUGAAAAUAAAGACGAACAAGCCAAGAUACAAGUAGGUAAGACCAGUCCAAAUGUGGUUACUACAAUAACUAAGACGGUCAAUUUGAAAUCGGACAUAGGAAAAAGUACAUAUACGGCACAGCCUCAACAACAGGAAUUGAUAUCUAACAUUAAACCUGGAAAUAAUGAACAGAAAAACAUUAACACUGAAACAAAAACGGCGAAACUUUGUAAUCCGAAUUUAACAAAUUUCAGUUAUAUGAAGAAUGCUCAACCAGUGGUUGAUGAAGCUUACAACAGACAGUCGAAUACUGAUUACGCUCAUCGAUAUAUUCACCCAACAAAUCAUAUACAAACAGAACCAGUCUCUGGGAACUUUGGCGAAUCAGAUGCUGUCAAAAACUGGCUGAGAAACGAUUCCAUGAUGUCUAAAACUGAACCACAUAUGGUCGAUAAUAGCAAGUUCAUUGGAGGUUUACCUUCGUCGGUGUUUUUAGACAACAUGAAGUAUUCCAACAACAUUGACACACUGCCACCGAAUUGUUCAAUUCCAAGUCAACACAUAGAACCCCCACCAAACAUAUUAUCCAAGCCAUCCGAGAGCAAUGUCAAGAAAGGUGAGCAUACAAAGGCUACGGAGACAAAUACCACUGCCAGUAAUGUUAUUACUACCAACAAUACUCUAAAGCCAAAUGCUGCUCCAUUUUUCAUAAGAUUUGACAGCAAUGUAAUGCAUAACACACAGAAAGAAAUUAUAAGCGACCAAUUGUGUUUCGAUUCCGACAACCAACAUUUGCAAGAGACAUCGGAAAAUAACUUGAAUUGUACUAGACAAGAUAGCUGUAAGUCGCUAAGGAACUGUUUAAAUCGACAGGUCAAUACAAAUGAAACAGAUAAUUCGUAUUUAAGUUCAACAAAUUUUCGUAGGGCGGAAAUUAAAUCAAAAAUGGAAGAAUUCAAGGUCAAUAGCAUUGCUGUUGUUAAACCCCUAGGAGCUCUUAUCAAAAGAGGCAACCAUGAGAACCCAUUAAUGACUAGUAACAACACCUGUUCAGAGCAAAACUGUGAUCUAGGUGAAAGUAUUCUUAGAAACGUUGCGAAUCUAGAUAUUGCUGAUGAAGGCGUAUGGUAUCCAUCUAGACUAAGGGGAGAACCCGAGGAACAACAACCACGUCAUGAGUUUAGCUACAAUCAAACUAAUGUUUUUCCUGGUUUUCAUGAUAUCUCUUCAACCGCAGAUAAUGACAGGGAUACUGUCGACUUUGGCUUUAGUGAGAUGAAGAAACUGGCAAGUUAUCAGUGGCAAAAGCAAUACAAUGAAGUUCGAAAGAGAGGACCGGUAUAUGGAUCGUUAUAUUACCAUGACAUUCCCUACUAUGCUUCUUGUCUCGGAAUUUCUGAGCAUGAACUAGAACGAUCAUUCGUGUCGGAUUUGAAAACGACUUUCCAGCAUACCAAUGAACAACAAACGGUCGAUGAUAUCGUUCAAUUGAACGAAAACACAGUUAACGUGACAAAUGAAGAUGCAGCAACAGGUAGAAUAGCCGCCAGCAAUUUACAAGAAGACAACAUACCUGAUUUGUAUGAUUUUACACCAGGUACUAGACCAGCUGCAAGUCACCCUGUAAUCGCGAGAUCAGGUAAUGAAGAACCGCACCCUUACCUCCUGUCUGAAGAAUAUGAUACAGAGAUUAACACUAUGAAUCAUAUAAAGAAACCAGUUUAUGAACCAACAUUCUGUGAGAAAUACAGGUACCAGUUAGCACAACAAAUCCAGAAUAUCCAGACCAAAAAUCAUAUGCAGAGUACCAGUACAGACAAUCGUUCACCAAGUAUAGUCCAAACAGGAGUGCAAGAUAAUGGAGUCUGUCCUCCACACAAAUAUGCACAGUCAAACAAUACCAUUCAACCAUGGAUACAAAGAAGCAUCAGAUGGCGACAGAAGCUGAUGGAAAUUAGAAACCUACCAGCAACGAGCAUGAAACGAAUAGACAACAUUUUGAUUCCGGUUAACACCGAGACAUAUCUCUUUCCCUACUCGGAUACAAAUGCAGUACUUGGUUUUCUUACCGACGGAUCAGAAGUUCUUGUUCAUAUUAUAGAUAUGACAUCUCGGACUAUCAACUCGGACAUUCUAAAAAGUAUCACUUCACCUCGAAAUUCUCAUUACUUUCUGGUGAAGUAUCGGACAUUUGCGUUCGAAAGUGGUCGAUGCUAUGUCGCCAUGAAUUUACCCGAGUAUUCUCUUAGUGAAUACCUGUCUAUACUGAAAUCAGAUAGUCGAUCAGAUCCUAUGGUUGUCAACAAACUCGCCUGGCAGUUUCUCAAAGGCCUUUCAUCUAUACACGAGGGACUUGGCUUGCAGCACGGUAACAUGAUGCCUUCUAACAUAGUUGUUGAUGUAGAGGGUAAACUAAUGUUGAGUGAAUACAGUUUUCUACAACCAGAGACAGCUAAAGCAAAAUUCAUGGGUCUUAUAGCAGUGGAACAUGAUAGAGCAUGUUGGAGUCCAACAGAAGUUAUAACAGAAACUGAACCUUACUCCAUGAAAUCCGAUAUCCAGGUAGCGGGAAUGAUAUUACAUUACAUCUUGUCGGGUGGACAUCAUCCAUAUGGAGAAAUAAAUCUCGAAAUACAAGUUAGUCUCCAGCAAAACUGGCCUAAAAUGACUUAUAUAAGUGAUGAGGUCAACGGACUUAUAAAUGAUAUGUUAGUAAUGCCACAAUCAACACGACCAUCGAUGGAACAGAUUUUAAAACAUCCUUAUUUCUGGGCCAAUGAAAAACGUCUGCGGUUUGUGCUGAUUGCUGGAUCUGACGUUCUGCGGGACAUGAAAUCAGGGACAUCAACGACAGGUGGAGCAGGCUGGACAAUGAUUGAUAUAAUCAAUAAUGCCUGUAGAAAUGCCAUGUUUUGUGAAUGGACGUCAGUUGUUGAUCUUGUGGUUUUGAAAGAGAUGAGAUCCUUCCGCCAGUAUAAGAACACGUUAGUGGAACUAGUUUUGUUUGUUUACAACUGCUGCUUACAUUAUGACAAACUUUCACAGACGGCGAGAGACAUCAUUGACGAACCUUGCAAAUAUUUCCUUACAACCUUUCCUUCAUUAUUUAUGUCAGUUUACACCGCUAUAAAGUCAUCUUGUCGAGUAGAACGAGCCUGUUACAAACCAUUCUUUUAAACAACGAAUUGUGACAUAGAAACAAGACUAUGAUAUUAUUGUUGAGAUAGUCAUUGCAUGAAAUUUUGAGCUCAUUAAGAGUGUUAUUACUUUUAUUAUAUUUGUUUUGUAGUUUAUAUUUUAUGAUAUUGUUUUGAUACAUCUUAGAAAAGGCAAUAAUCUUUAAAAUGAACAUUUUUUUUAGAAUUUUUAUAAAUUUUUAAUGAUUUUUGAUUAUUUUCUAUAUGCAGAGUCUUUCAACAAUUUCCCCGAUAUUUUUUUUUU